AUGAAGUAGCUUCAGAGGCCAUGAGGCUGCCCCUGCCAUUGCUGCUGCUGUUUGGGGUCAAGGCUAUCCUGGGAAGCCUUGCAGAUAAGCCUUUUCUCUCAGCUACGGCUCCAGUGUUGGAUGAUGAAGAGAAGUUCGCAUCUUACAUACCUGCUCACCUGCGCUGUGAUGCCUGCCGGGCUGUGGCCUACCAAAUGGGGCAACAUCUGGCAAAAGCAGAGGCUAAAUCUCAUGCUCCAGACUCCAGUGGACUGCAGGAGCUGAGUGAGUCGAUCUACACGGAUGUCCUGGACCAGACCUGCUCUCAGAACUGGCAGUCCUAUGGAGUCCAAGAAGUCAACCAGAUGAAACGUCUCAUGGGCCCAGGACUUAGUGAGGGGACAGAGCCAAGCAUCAGCGUGAUGAUUACUGGGGGUCCCUGGCCCAAUAGGCUCUCCAUGACAUGUUUCCAGUACCUGGGAGAUUUUGGAGAAGACCAGAUCUACGAAGCCUACCGCCAAGGUCACGAGACUCUGGAGGCAUUGCUGUGUGGGGGCACUCAGGGGUCUUGCUCACAGGAGAACCGGGUCCCAAGAGAAGAGCUUUAGUACAAGCUGAGACACCUGUGGAUCUUCCCUUUUUUU